AUGCUGAUCUUCAUUGCUGUGUUUUCCAUCCAGGCGUUCAAGUCCUACGGCAACCCGGAGAAGUUUGACCGCUUGGUUCUCUUUGUUGUGAUGGGACUGGGCUCUGGGGUUGCUUUAGCGAAGGCUAUCAGCAUGAAGCCAAAGAAAGAGAAAAAGUGA